AUGGAUGCUGGACACAUCAUUCUGGGAAGGCCAUGGCAAUCUGAUAGGCGUGUCUUGCAUGAUGGCUUUACAAACAAGUACACCUUCCUUCACAAGGGGCGUAAGACCACUCUCAUUCCCUUAACCCCUCAAGAGGUGUAUGAAGAUCAAGUUCAGUUGAGUGGCCAAAAGACUAAACCUCAAGCCAAGAAGGAACCAACCAAAUCCAACAAGUCCCUGAACUAUCUGGCCAAAUCCAAACAGGAUUUCCAGGAUGUGUUUCCAGAGGAUUGUCCCAAGGGAUUGCCACCAGUCAGAGGCAUUGAGCAUCAAAUAGACUUUGUCCCUGGAUCCACACUUCCAAACCGUCCAGCAUACAGAACCAAUCCUGUGGAAACCAAAGAACUCCAGCGCCAAAUAGAUGAGCUUAUGGAUAAGGGUCACAUCAGGGAAAGCAUGAGUCCUUGUGCUGUUCCUGUUCUUCUUGUGCCCAAGAAAGAUGGGAGUUGGCGCAUGUGUGUGGACUGCAGAGCCAUCAACAAUAUCACUGUAAAGUAUCGACAUCCUAUCCCUAGACUUGAUGAUAUGCUUGAUGAGUUGCAUGGUUCUAGCAUUUUCUCUAAAAUUGAUUUAAAAAGUGGUUAUCAUCAGAUUAGGAUGAAAGAAGAUAAUGUGGUUUUUCUAGGCUUUGUUGUGAGUGCAGAUGGAGUCAAGGUGGAUGAAGAGAAAGUUGCAGCAAUCAGAGAAUGGCCAAGUCCUAAGACAGUGAGUGAAGUCAGAAGCUUCCAUGGCCUAGCUGGGUUCUAUAGGCGGUUUGUCCGUGAUUUUAGUACCUUGGCCGCACCUUUAACUGAAGUCAUCAAGAAAGAAGUUGGAUUCAAGUGGGAGAAAGCACAGGAGGAUGCUUUCCAGGCUCUCAAGGAUCGCUUGACUAAUGCCCCUGUUCUUAUUUUACCUGACUUCUUGAAAACUUUUGAGAUUGAAUGUGAUGCUUCAGGUAUAGGCAUUGGAGCUGUCUUGAUGCAGGACAAGAAGCCAAUUGCUUUCUUUAGUGAAAAGCUUGGAGGAGCCACUCUCAACUAUCCAACCUAUGACAAAGAACUCUAUGCCUUGGUCCGCGCUUACAAACUUGGCAACACUAUCUCUGGCCAAAGGAGUUUGUCAUCCACACAGACCAUGAAUCUCUCAAACAUCUCAAGGGCCAACAGAAGCUCAACAAGAGGCAUGCCAGGUGGGUUGAAUUCAUUGAGACAUUCCCAUAUGUCAUCAAGUACAAAAAAGAUAAAAGACUUGUAUGCUUCUGAUUCUGAUUUUGCUGAGAUCUAUAAGUCUUGUUCUAAAUUUGCUUUUGGCCGAUACUACAGACAAGAUGGGUUUCUCUUCUAUGAGAACCGUCUCUGUGUGCCUAAUUGUUCUUUGAGGGAUUUGUUUGUCAGGGAAGCACAUGGAGGAGGCUUGAUGGGACACUUUGGUGUGGCCAAAACACUUCAAGUCAUGCGUGAUCACUUUCAUUGGCCGCACAUGAUCAGAGAUGUGGAGAGGAUUUGUUCUAGAUGUGCAACUUGUAAACAAUCCAAAUCUAAGGUUCAACCUCACGGUUUGUACACUCCUCUCCCUAUUCCAUCUCAUCCCUGGACUGAUAUAUCUAUGGAUUUUGUGCUUGGAUUGCCUAGGACUAGAACUGGAAAAGAUUCUAUCUUUGUGAUAGUUGAUAGGUUCUCAAAAAUGGCUCAUUUUGUAGCAUGUCAUAAGACUGAUGAUGCAUCUCAUGUAGCUGCUCUGUUCUUUAAAGAGAUUGUUAGAUUGCAUGGCAUGCCGCGCACCAUUGUUUCUGAUCGUGACAAAAUUAAGCACAGAUGGAAAGCACAAGGCAGAAACAGUCAGAAGAUCCAUGAGCAGGCCAGAAGGAACAUUGAGGCUAAAACCAAGCAGUAUGCUCAACAAGCCAACAAGGGCCGAAAGGAAGUGAUCAAGGUUUGGAUCCAUCUGCGCAAAGAGAGAUUCCCGGCCGAGCGCAAAUCCAAACUUAUGCCGAGGAUAGAUGGACCAUUUGAGAUCACCAGAAGAAUCAACAACAACUCCUAUCAAAUCGAUCUUCAAGAUGAACCAGAUUUGAGGACAAAUCCUUUUCAAGAGGGAGGGGAUGAUAUGAUCAUGGAGGAGGUUGCUAGGAACUUGGACCAGGAAGCAGCUGGAGAGCUUGUAGCUGAGGAGGAGCAGCUUGAACCUGAGGAAGCUUUGGAGCUUUGA